AUGGGUGUUCGUCGUGAUAUGAAUGCCAAGGGCCGAGAAGUUAUCGAUACCAUCAAACCAUUCUUCAAGCCAGUCGCACAGAGAGUGAUAAACAAAACUCAAAGAGCCCCUAGGACUCGCAAAGCUGACAGAUACAGACCCAGAGAUAGAGACAGCGAUGAUGACACCAUCACCACACAUAGACGGCAGGGCCGUUGCGAAGAACAUUCCCGCUCACGAUGGCAUCUCUCAACAUACACCAAACGACACAUUGAACGGGAGUACAUCGACGACAGACUCCCCAAGUUCGGCGCUUACUCGAAGCACGAACCCCUAAAAAUCCUGCCGCAUUGGUUUGAGACCCUGGAACUGGCUCGCAAGUUGUUGAAGAUUGGCAUUGCCUUGGGCAAGCAGUCGUAUCCACACCAGUUCAAGAAUCAUGGAUAUGAACAAAUAAAGCCAGGAAAAUUGAGGAUUGUCUUUACGGGGGACGGAGAAUUGGCGAACGUGGUCUGCCAUGAUGACACGGUAGAACAUGGGUUCCGGUUGAUAAAAUGA